AAACUCCAAAUAAAUUGACAAGACUUUUUUCUGCCACCAAUCAUCCUGGUUCCUGUCAAACUAUUUGUCAUGUAAGCAACAAAAUUUUUCGAUUUCUAAAAUUCCCAGUACCUAAAACUAAAAAUGUGGAGUCACGAUAAACCGCCUCAGGCACCUAAACAGCCAUUAUUCGAAGAUUCCAAAAACAGAACAAUCAACCAAGAUGCCAGAUAUCACAAUCAGAACGCCACGAAAUGGUGUUUCGCGACUUUUGUCGAUUACAAAAGAUGUCAGAGACUUUUGGGAGAAAAGAGCGACUGCUGUCCUCAAUUCGAGAAAAUCUACAGGACGCUUUGCCCGUACGCUUGGGUGGAAAUGUGGGAAGAUCAGAUCAAAGAUGGGACUUUUCCAGUCGAUUUGCCAGAGCAAAAGAAAAAAUAGCGUGUGUUUAUAGGCUUUUGUGAAAUUUUGUAUUAAAUUUUUUCAACAGGCAAUUUUAUUGUUUAUUAAGUUUGAAAUGAAAAUUUCCAGAACUACCCAUAUCUACGAACUCUUAUAAACAUGCGCUGCAUGCUUCCUCCUAUAUGAAAAUAAAAAUUCUUCAGAGGACGUCGAAUUUUCAUUGAGACGUCAGUGUCGACGCGACGCCCCUUUCAGAAUCACGUGCUUGCCGCCCUUUUAACGCCGACACGUGACUUUAAAACGUGACUUAUACGAAAAUUUUCAAUCUAAUCAUAAUAUAAAUGAUUUCAUUGAAUAAAUAAAAUAACAGUGUUUUCAAUAAUAAUGGAUUACUCACUUUUUGAAAUAAGCCUUUUCAUUAAAAUUCUAAUUUUAGGCACAUCAGUUUGUGUAAAAAUCAACCAACUUAUUGUGCCAGAUCUUGCAUCUCCCACAACUUCAACUAUCUUAGACUGCGAUUAUUCCUUGGAAUUUCCUAAAGACGAAGGACUCGUGGUCAAGUGGUUUUUCAAUGAACGAAUGUACCCAGUUUAUCAAUGGAUACCUGAUGUCAAGCCUCAGGAACUUGGUAUUCUCAAAGGGCGUUUGGAUUUGAGCUAUAAAGCGUCAGAAGACAAAUAUCAAGUUCACAGAGCCUUGAAAAUUGUAAAGUUGAGUCCGGAAUUGGCUGGGAAUUAUACGUGCUCAGUGUCUACGUUUAGUAGUGAAGAUAGUCGGACAAAAAGUAUGUUAGUUUUUGUACCUGAGAAAACAAUGGAAUUAAAAUACCCACCGAUGUGGUACCGCAGCGAAAGCGACUCGAAAGUACUCUGUUAUGUCGAGGACAUUUUUCCCAAACCAGAAAUGAAACUUUACGUAAACAGCAGCGAAAUCGAAAACGCAACUAUAAAGUACCAAGAAAGAAACAGUGCACUUUUCGAUGUAGAGAUUUUCGCUUUUGUACCAGGUUUAGUCGAUGGUACUUCGAUUUUGUGCGAAUUACAUGUGACAAUUGCGAAUUAUACUGUGAGGAAGGAAGCAAUUUAUUAUGAUGCUCUUAUUUCUUCAAAAGCUGCAACAACUUCAAAAAACUACUUCACUAUAUUAUUUUGGCUUCUUCAUUUAAUAAAAUACAUUUUUUAACCCCUUUUAUAUAUCGACUUCUCUAUGGCUGUAAGUAAUGUAUUUAGUGAUAAAAGAAAAUCUCUGUUUCAAUCGAAUUUAUUAGUACUUAAUUGAUUUCAAAUAGACAUUUUAGUGUUAUUUUAUUUUUGUAAGCUUAGCGUAUAAUAAAAAAAUCCAA